CAUUUUACAUUUCCAAUAACAAGGACAAAGUAGAGGAAGCAGAAAGAGCAAGAAGGACCUCCCACAAGGUGCAGCUCUUGGCUGCAGCCUUAAGCUCACCUCCCACAUGGGAUUGCCCUCCUGGCUCUUGGCCUGAACAAGGGAAGCUGAAAGGUAGGAAACCCAAAGCUGGGUGUCCAAGUCACCGUGCCUUGGGCAUGAAUCAGUGUGCACACUGUAAGAAAACUGGCCACUGAAAGAAGGAUUGCCCAGCGUUCUGAAGGGAGCCAUCAGCACCUGAACCAAUGAUGGCAGAAAUAGCCAGGCAAGCCCAAGAGUGAUGGGGCCUCAGACCUUCUGCCACAGCUUCUGUUGGACAACUAGCCAUAUCUCCGGAGGAGCCUCGGUAACUCUUGAUGUGGCAGGUUGAAGGUUUAGAACAGAUGUGGAAAAAUGUUUACUUCAGAGAAAGGGGUUGUGGAGGAAUGGUUGUCAGAGUUUAAGACAUUACCAGAAACAUCUUUACCAAAUUAUGCCACAAAUUUGAAAGACAAGAGUUCUUUAGUUUCAUCUCUCUAUAAAGUUAUCCAGGAGCCACAAAGUGAGUUGCUAGAACCUGUCUGUCACCAGCUCUUUGAAUUCUAUCGCAGUGGAGAGGAGCAGUUGCUUCAAUUUACGCUGCAAUUUCUCCCAGAACUAAUUUGGUGCUACCUUGCAGUCUCAGCCAGCAGAAAUGUGCAUAGUAGUGGAUGCAUUGAAGCUCUUCUUCUAGGGGUUUACAAUUUGGAAAUAGUUGACAAACAGGGACAUACCAAAGUAUUGAGUUUUACGAUUCCAUCUUUAUCCAAACCAUCUGUAUACCAUGAACCUUCCAGCAUUGGGUCCAUGGCUCUGACCGAGAGUGCACUAUCCCAGCAUGGUUUGUCAAAAGUGGUAUACAGUGGACCUCAUCCUCAAAGGGAGAUGCUGACAGCACAGAAUAGGUUUGAAGUGUUGACAUUCCUUUUGUUGUGUUACAAUGCUGCCUUAACCUAUAUGCCCAGUGUUUCUCUUCAGUCACUGUGUCAAAUUUGUUCAAGAAUCUGUGUUUGUGGAUAUCCUCGACAACAUGUAAGAAAAUACAAAGGUAUAAGUAGCAGGAUACCAGUUUCUUCAGGAUUCAUGGUGCAAAUGUUAACAGGGAUUUAUUUUGCCUUUUAUAAUGGAGAAUGGGAUCUAGCUCAAAAAGCACUGGAUGAUAUUAUAUACAGAGCCCAGCUAGAGUUAUAUCCAGAGCCAUUGCUGGUUGCUAAUGCAAUAAAGGCUUCAUUGCCUCAUGGUCCCAUGAAAUCUAAUAAGGAAGGUACAAGGUGUAUUCAAGUUGAAAUCACACCAACUUCCUCUCGAAUAUCAAGAAAUGCAGUAACCAGCAUGUCAAUAAGGGGUCAUAGAUGGAAAAGACAUGGAAAUACAGAAUUAACAGGUCAAGAAGAACUGAUGGAGAUAUCUGAAGUUGACGAGGGAUUUUAUUCCAGGGCUGCAUCUAGUACCAGCCAGUCGGGUUUAUCAAACAGUAGUCACAAUUGUAGUAACAAGACAAGUAUAGGAAAGAACCACAGACGGUCAGGCGGAAGCAAAACUGGAGGAAAAGAAAAAGAAACUACAGGGGAAUCUUGCAAAGAUCACUUUGCUCGAAAACAAACUCAGAGAGCCCAAAGUGAGAAUCUUGAGCUUCUCUCUUUGAAGAGACUUACUUUAACAACCAGCCAAUCCCUACCUAAGCCUAGUAGCCAUGGUUUGGCUAAGACUGCAGCGACUGUAUUUAGUAAAUCCUUUGAACAAGUCAGUGGUGUCACAGUCCCACAUAACCCGUCAUCUGCUGUUGGUUGUGGGGCUGGGACAGAUGCCAAUAGGUUUUCCGCUUGUAGUCUCCAAGAAGAAAAGCUUAUUUACGUUUCAGAAAGAACUGAACUUCCAAUGAAGCAUCAAUCAGGUCAGCAGAGACCUCCUAGUAUUAGCAUUACUCUGUCCACAGAUUAAUUAGUAACAUAUUUUUCUCCCAUAACCCAGUGAAGCUGGAAAUACAACUUUGCUUCUUUAUGAAAGUACCCUGGGUCUUUCAUCCGUAUUCCUGACAGGAGCCCUGAUGUCUUAAAUUCUGAAGGCUCCCCUGACUUUAUGAAGGGAAGAUUGUCUAGGUUGCAGUAAGUUGAAAUAUGGUUUUGUUAUUCUUGAUUAAGAUUUUUUCCCCUUGGUUUGAGUCUUUUUUUUCCCCCUCCUCUUAUUUGUUAUUGUUUCCCUAAGAUUGUCAGUGACAGUAAAUUUUGACAGGUUGUCUAAUCAAGUUGGUUAUGUCUCAUGUGAGGUUGUAAGGUGGUUUUUCUUGUUUUGGUUUGGUUUGGUUUGGUUUUUUAAUAGCUCCUAUUUUGGUGGCUAUGUGUUUGGCCUUCAGAGUCAAAGGGAGUCUCCAUGUAUGGGAACUGUUUUAUAGAGGAUGGGGCAGAGGCACAACUCCAGGAAUUCUCCAGCUCCUGGUCAGGAAGCCAAUCUGAAAAAACAGGCAUGUGGAAACACAAAACUGAUGUGUAUGAAAAGCACCUGAUGAAAAUAUUUGUAAGCAGAUCAUCUUUAUGAUUAGAACAAUUUGCUCAAAGCCCUGGAAAAUGCCUGGUUACCCAGUACCUAGAAUAUUAUAUGAUUCCAGGGGAUGAGUAGAGGCAUUUCUGUUGUUAUCUUUGAAACAUUUUUAUAUCAAAAAUCAGAUUGCUGGUAGGUGUGUUGUUUUGAAGUGUUUGAUCUGGAUUUAGCAGGUGAAGAUCCCUUUCAAUUAUUAAGGUAUAAUAGGCCGUAAAGCUGAUUUACCCUACUGCUGGACUUUGGAAAUCCUAGUUAGUUUGGACUCCUAUAAUUCAGAGCAUACGUCAUUGGAAGACUUCCUGGAAAUCAGUGUAAAUCUUGCAACACAGCUCUCAAGAUACAACUGUAUAAUAUGUAAUUGUUUGUCUGCAAAUACAUUUUUCAUCUAUAAAAUGUCAUGAAAGAAAAUAAAGGUAGUGAAAUAUGGACAAAGGACAUUUAUAUAUUAACUAAAGUUGUUUAUGUUUGUGUUCUUAAAUUUAAAAUACAAAAAAAAAGAAA